UUUACAUUGAAUUUGUGGCGCGUUGUAUUUCGGCGCACUGAAUUUGCAACACGUGGUAUUUACAAUGAGUUGUAUUAACAAUGCGUUGUACUGAUGCGUUGAACCUGUGGCGCGUUGUAUUUGCUUUACAUUGAAUUUGUGAUGCAUUGUAUUUCAACACAUUGAAUUUGUAGCACGUGGUAUUUACAAUGAAUCAUAUUAACAACGCAUCAUACUGGUGCCUUAAAUUUGUGGCGCGUUGUAUUUACUUUACAUUAUAUUGUCAACGCAUUGUACUACCAAGAUUUAGCAUUAACAACCCAUUAUAUUGCCAACCAUCGAAAUGUACAACAACAUUCAUACUUAAAGCACAGUAACCGAUUAAAACUACUAGAGUUCACUGAAACUCAGUACAAGAACAAUGGAACUAAAAACGCGACAACCAGUGUUAAACAACAAAACUUGCAGAUCAACCUAACAUCAAAAUCUAUUAGAUCUAUUUUCCUAUAGACUCGUGGCAAUAUAACGAGAGUCUACUAUAUUUGCAAAUACGUCACGUCCGCGCACGUGAGCAGGGUGAUCGCCGAUUUAACUCAUCCUCAAGAUUCCCCGGUCGUUGGAGGGACGCGCACGCCAGGGAAUCCCGAUAAACAGGUAUGAAAGUUUCCUCCACCGGCGCAGCUUACUCUCUCUCUUUCAACGCUGUAUUCUUCAUUCACGCAUCUGACUGUCAGUGCACUGUUUCGCCGCGACCGGUGCCUCCUACAAGUGCCAGCAACCGUUCGGAUUACGUCGUUCGCCACUGUUCACCCUGUUGCAUCGAGAUUUACGGUUCGUUCCGGAACAUCUCGACCGUCGAUAAUAGUAGCCAUGUCGCCAUCAGAAGAUAACUUUCUCAUGGAAAGACUCAUUACUUCAGCUCAUUUCCAUGAUGAGGAAGAACACCAUGACGAGGAACAAGAGAUGCACGAUGUACUUGUUGCAAAAGGAGUUACCAUGGUCAUUUUAUGUGUAGUCAGUACUUGCAUGGGUAUAAUACCAAUGCAAGUGGCUAAAUGUUUAAAAUGGAAAACAAGCGGUGUUGGGAAUCCCAGGUCCACUAUGGUAGUGAGUCUACUUCUGGGAUUCGGUGGUGGCGUUUUAUUCUGCACCACGUUUCUUCAUCUAUUACCGGAAGUGAAGGAGGGAGUGCAACAUCUCAUAGAGGAACAGAAGCUACCUCAGCUUAGCUUUUCACUGGCUGAAACACUUACGUGUGCCGGGUUCUUCUUGAUGUAUUUGGUAGAAGAGUCGGUGCACAGUCAUUUGCGGAAAAAGGAAAACCAAAAAGACGAAUACUCGAAGAAGGACGUCAGUCGUAGUACGAACGAAUUGGUCGAAAAUGGGCAAACGCUGCCUAAUUGCGGCAAUGGGCAUUCACACUAUAGCGGCCACGGCCAUUCGCAUCACUUGCCAGUCAUAAUGGACGAGAAAGAUGACUUCGUCAUAAGUUCUCUACGGGGAUUAUUAAUAAUCCUGGGUUUAUCCGUGCAUGAAUUAUUCGAAGGACUCGCAAUUGGACUGGAAAGUUCAGCUUCUUACGUUUGGUACAUGUUCGCGGCAGUGGCGGCCCAUAAAUUUGUCAUAGCGUUCUGCAUAGGCGUAGAAUUGCUAGCGUUGAACACCAGAACCUACCUUUCCGUAAUUUACGUCUGCACAUUCGCAGUUGUCUCUCCUUUAGGGAUCGGCAUAGGAAUGUUACUAGUUGGUGGCGAAAGCGCCGCUGCAAAUGGUAUACUUCCGGUUCUUCUGCAGGGUCUGGCAUCUGGAACUUUACUGUACGUAGUGUUCUUCGAGAUCCUCCAGGAGCACAGGACCGGCCUCAAACAAUAUCUAUCAAUUCUGGUAGGAUUCAUCGUGAUGUUCGGACUUCAGCUAGUCACCGCACAUUCUCACUCUCACUCGCACUCGCAUGGUCACUCACACGGACAGGACACCGAGCAUCACCACGAAGAUGAUCACGACCACAAAUUGGAUUCCUACGAAUACGCGCAUUCAAACAAAACGGGCGAACAAAUAUUCACUGAUACGAUUGAUAAGGUUACGGAAAGCAUCGCAGAAGCAGUCAGCAACGCUUUAUCGUCCACGACGAGAGCUCCGACGAAUACUUCGUUGAGAAUGAGGAACGAAACAACUCUGAACCGAGACCACAGUUAAAAAUUGAUUCGUGCGGGAGUGAAUCCCUUAAACAAGGCGCUAAUAGUUACUCCGUGGGACAAUGUCCCUGCGAUUGUUACUUAUUUUUAGGAAUCAAUCAAUCGUGCUAUGUACAAUUUAUUAAUAAUCUUGAAGAGAUUUUCUAAUUAAUAGAAAAACAGAGGUGUUGGUCGAAGACAGUAUUAUGAAACGUUGGUUUCAGCGCGAGAAAGAAUGACAUUCUUGCUGUAUGUGCGCUAAUGCGUGUUAUAUCUUUGAUACGCACAUUAUGAGGGUAUUUAAAUAGGGAGGUUUAUGAAAUACGAUUAAUGAAAAGUGUUAUGUUUAAGAAAACAUGUGUGAUACGAUUGACGAGUUACAUCGUGCAAUCGCGUUACUUAUCCUUUCUUUUUAUGUAAUUUAAAUUGUAUGGAAUAUCUAUACUGAGUAUCUUUUAUAUUGUAAUUAGAAAAUCGUAUUUUAAUUGUAUAUAUCGAUAUUUAAAUACAUUGCAGUAAUGCACCGCUUAGAAUCAGUUUAAACAUAAAAAAAAUCGAUAAUGGUUUUAAUCGUGUUUUAAUGAAUUUAGAUAUUUCAGUACGCAUUAUCAUUUUACUUUACGAUAUAUUGUACACCGCGUAUCGUUGAGAGUAAUAACCCAUCAGUAAUUAUAAAGGCGAUAGAAAUCAAAAAACUCAUCCUUCACUUGGUUGUAAAUCACGUUAACGUGGUACAUUGUUAUUCAUAAACACGUUUCAAUAAUAAUAAUACAGAAAUGCUAUUUUUGAAACCAAAGAAUUGAUUUUUAAAUAUAAAUUAUAUUUUUCGACGUAAUAAACAAAUCACGAUUACAAUAAUAUGUACAUACAUAUGAAGCAAAAAGUUUUUUAACUAAAUAAAUAAUUGCUAUAAUUUUAAGAUAAAAUAUUUUCGAUUUAAUAUGGAUGAAAGUAGCCCCAUAGUAUUUCUUUUUCCGUGAUUUUUAUUGCAUUUAUAAUUUUUAAUAUUUUCUGCAAAAUAACUGGAUGACUCAACAUCAUUGUAACACAAUAAUUAAUUUGACUAAGGCUUUUACGAAUAUAAAUUGUUCACUCGUGUCUUAAAUACUUAUUGUUUAUGUUUAUUAUUUAUUAUUUUUAUUUACACACCAUCAUGUGAAUAUAUUAUACAGACACAUAAUGUGACUGGUUUGUAUGUACAGUUUAUCAUCAAAUACUUACACAUACCACCAUUACAUUUUGUAUACUGUAAAAUGUAUUAAUAAAAUAAAAAAGUUUUGAUACCAAAAUCAUCCUCUUCUGACUAAAAAAAUAAUAUUGAUAAACAUAGCAAUUUAAGUUUAAUAACGGACUUUAUUAAACAAAUGAUACAGUGUUGUUUUCCAUGAACCUGUACACAUUUUUAAGCUUACACAUUUCAUUAAUUAAAAUUGAUUCUGAACAUGUUGCUUACAAAAAGACAAAACGUGCACGUGCACAACAAUAAAUUAAUGUUACAUUUAUGUUUGCUUGAGAAAUCAAUACAACUUAUUCACUAUUCGUGAUAUAAAGUCAUUUACUUUUUUUUGCUAAUACAACAUUUAUUAAAACUGCUGGGAAAUUUGCAGAUUUCUACCACUACUGCUAAUUAGUUACUUUCAACAUAUUUUAUGUUUUGAGAAAUGCACUCAUAUUAUAAAGACUUUACAAAUCAUUAAG